AUGAAUAGCGUGGACAUCGGGCGCUACAAGCGCAUUAUAAACUACCUCUGGGAUCCGGAACCCAGAAAUGACCUACCAGAUGAACCAAUAUGGUGCUUAGGCAUACGCUACCCUCCGAACCAUCGUGGAUGGAAGACACAGGAUCAGGAUGGAAGCGCACAGGGCCAAUAUGAGCAGAAGACCAUCCCAACGGAGAAGGCAAAUGAGCAUCAGUGGCCCGAAGAGUUUCUUGACGACGUUGAAUCUAGGAUCUGGAUCACAUAUAGAUCGAACUUCACACCGAUCCCGAAGCCACCCAACCAGGAAGCGAACCCAGCCAUGACAUUGACUGUGCAUCUAAGAAGUCAACUUAUGGACUCGCAGGGGUUUACCUCUGACACAGGAUGGGGUUGCAUGAUAAGAUCGGGCCAGAGUUUACUAGCGAAUGCAAUGCUCAUCUUGUUGCUCGGCCGCGACUGGCGCCGGGGAACAGAAGCUGGAAAGGAGGCUCAGCUAUUACAUCAAUUCGCCGACCACCCCGAAGCCCCAUUCUCGAUACACCGGUUUGUGCAGCACGGUGCCGAAUUCUGUAAUAAAUACCCUGGAGAAUGGUUCGGCCCAUCUGCCACUGCCAGAUGCAUCCAAGCACUCGUGGCUCAGCAAGGAAGCUCCGAACUCAGAGUAUACAUCACUGACGACACCGCUGAUAUAUACGAGGAUAAGUUUGCCCGCAUCGCCCAAGCCGAACAUGGGGACUUCAUCCCUACACUCAUCUUGGUUGGGACACGACUGGGAAUCGACCAUGUCACACCUGCCUACUGGGAUGCACUUAAAGAAGCACUGCAGCUCCCCCAGUCAGUGGGCAUCGCAGGCGGGCGUCCUUCCGCAUCACACUACUUCAUUGGCGUUCAUGGCCAAUACCUAUUCUACCUCGAUCCUCAUCAUACUCGUCCGGCAUCGCUACAUCAGGAUGUCAACGACACCCUCACUCACGAAGAAGUCAAUACCUAUCACACUCGACGCCUUAGAAGAAUACAUAUCAAAGACAUGGAUCCAAGCAUGCUAAUUGGCUUCAUUAUCCGAAGUAGAGAGGACUGGACUGACUGGAAGACUCGGAUCCUGUCUGGUCGGGGAAAUUCAAUCGUACAUAUUCUGAGCGAAGAUACUGCCAAUCACCAGGCCCGCAAAGAGGCGAUUGACGAGGUAGAGGCGCUUGAUGACUGA